AUGGGUACCGAGUACACUGAUAUUUCCCACUUCGUGGUCUGGCGCCUAGAUACCAUAGUAGGUAUGCUCUACCACGGCAUGCCGAUGUCAAGCACUGACACUAAUAUCAUGGUGCACACAUGCGACCAAGAGCUCUGCGUUCGACCUCAACACAUACGCUUCCGGGCUAGCUCGGUUGCCCUAGUUGUGGUGCUAAAGGCUCUGGCUCAGGCUGGUUAUCGCCUCACACCUCCUGGCCCCUCCACUGGUCUUCUG